AUGUGCAAAACACUGGACAUCCUAUUCAUACCAAUUCCCGGCACCGGACAUGUGAACGCCUGCAUAGGCUUAGGGGAGGUACUCAUCCAAGCGGGACAUACCGUCUCUUUUGUCAUCAAUUAUCUAUGGGAGGGUCGGCUCACAAAGUAUGGCAUCAAAGAGCUAUUACUGACAGAUGAGGACCCAACUAAAGACCCUGGUGUUAAUAAGCUUGACUUGUUACUUAAACAUGGAUAUAUUGGCGUAGAUAUGACACCGUUGGAAAGGGUGAAAAAAUUUGGUAAUGGGUUCAUAAAAAGGCUCGAGAUGUUUACCAAGUUGGAAAAUGACAUUUCUAAAUUGUUGGUCUCUAUACCUAAACCCGAUGUAAUUGUGAUAGAUCAUUUUGCUACCAUACCAUGUGUCGAGUUGUCGAGUAUACCCAUUGUACGCGUGAAAAGUUCAAACCCUUUAAAUUUGCUGGAUGAUGAUAGGGCACCACCUGGAGGAUCUGGUUUAUCGUCUUUGGCUGAUCCGAGCGAAUGGAAACACUAUAGAGAUGUCAGAAAACAAUAUUUAGAUACCGAGCCGUGGAUUAAAUACAAUGAAUUCAUGGUUUUAAAAGGCUGUCCACCGCUUCAGGAAAAUAAAUUCAUGUAUACCCAUAAAUAUCUCAAUAUCUAUGGCUAUCCCCUUGAGUUGGAUUACUUAGACCUGCGACCCAUACCCAGGAAUGUCAUCCGAUUUGAUAAUCUGAAGCGUACUGAAGAGGACUUAUCGUUUGAGAUACCGGUGCCGUUGAGGGACAGACCAGGAAAAUUAGUGUACUUUUCAAUGGGAUCUAUGGGUGGAGUGGACGUGAAAAACAUGAAGCGAUUGAUUGAUAUUUUGUCGAAAUCUAAGCACAGAUUCAUUGUAUCGAAAGGACCCAAACAUACGGAGUAUGAACUACCGGAUAACAUGUGGGGUCAACAGUCUGUCCCUCAGCUCCAUGUCCUACCGUUAGUUGAUUUGGUUGUAACCCAUGGAGGGAACAACACUAUCACCGAAACCUUUUACUUCGGGAAACCUAUGAUAUUAUAUAAACUAAUGCCGAAAUCACUGAACAUCCUAUUCAUACCGAUCGACGGCAUGGGACACGUUAACGCCUGCAUAGGCUUAGCGGAGGUACUCAUCCAAGCGGGACAUACCGUCUCCUUUGCCACCAAUGAUCAAUGGGAGGGUCGGCUCACAAAGUAUGGCAUCAAAGAGCUAUUAUUCACAGACCCGGAUCGCCCCAAAAAUAUAGACCCGGAGGCACAUUUUGGUGAGAUGCUAAUUAAGCGGGGUACUAUUGGCACCGAUUUGACACCAUUGGAAAAGCUUAGAAAAAACAAGGGAGCUGGGUCGUUUAGAAACACCGAGAUGUUCAUCCAGGCCGAUAAAGAUAUAGCUGAAUUGUUGGCUACUAUACCCAAACCCGAUGUAAUUGUGAUGGAUCAUUUUGGUGCCAUACCAUGUGUGGAGCUAUCGGGUAUACCCAUUGUUUGGGUGUGUAGUGUCAAUCCACUAUUUUUGAGUGAUGAUAAUAGGUUGCCACCUAGUACAUCUGGUUUGUCGGCUUAUGCGGAUCGUUGUGAGUGGAAAGCCUACAGGGAUGCUAAACAAGACGCUACUGAUCCCGAGAUUUGGAUUAAAUACAAUGAGUAUAUGAUUUCAAAAGGUUGUCCACCACUUCACGAAAAUAAAUUUUACUAUCAUCAUAAAUACCUGUUUAUAUACGGCUAUCCACUUGAGUUAGACUACUUAGACAUGAGACCACUGCCCAGAAAUGUCAUACGAUUUGAUAAUCUAAAGCGAACUGAAAAGCAUUUAACGUUUGAGAUACCAGUGCAGUUGAGGGACAGACCGGGAAAACUUAUAUACUUUUCAAUGGGAUCUAUGGGUGGAGUGGAUGUGAAAAACAUGAAGCGAUUGAUUGAUAUUAUGUCAAAAUCUAAGCACAGAUUCAUUGUAUCGAAAGGACCCAAACAUUCGGAGUAUGAGUUGCCGGACAACAUGUGGGGCGCGGCUACUGUUCCCCAAAUACAAGUCCUACCAUUAGUUGAUUUAGUUAUCACCCAUGGAGGGAACAACACCAUUACUGAAACCUUUUAUUUCGGAAAACCUAUGAUAGUCUUACCCCUAUUUGCUGAUCAAUACGAUAACGCACAGAGAGUGGAGGACAAGGAGUUUGGGAAACGACUCAAUGCUUACAAAUGCAGUGAAUCUGAGUUAUUGACAGCAAUUGAAAGUCUAUUAAAUAAUAAUGAAUUGAAUGCAAAACUGCGAAAAAUAUCGUCGAGAAUACAAUCGGAUAAUAGUAUCGCAAAACUGCCGCAAAUUAUUGAAGACUUCAUUCAACACAAAGAAAAUUAUAUUGAUUAA